AGUGUGAGCUAUGCCCGAUAUGCAAAUUAGUUAUGAUUUUGAUUGUAAAAGUUAUGUUAUUUUCUCUAGAUUUGUGGUUUACAAAUCUUUAUUAUUGUUGUAAAUGCCGUAUGGCUAUUUAUUAAUGAUAAUAUUCUUCUUCUUGUCAAAAAAAAAAAAAAACUAUUGGGUUUAAAAAGAGAGAAAAAAAAACCUAAACACUAACCCAACCACCACACCCACCACUAACGCACAUACUCCCAUCGUCGUCAACCCCUUCCCCAUCUCACCCCAUCGCUGGCAUCCCUGCUUGACCGCCGACACCCCCAAAACACCCUUUUACCUAACUUGUCCCCGAUUAUCGAAAUUUUACACACUGGGUACAUCUAGAAAUUGUGUAACCCAAUAACAGUCUUUUGUGAGAAAAUCAAAACUUAUUUUUAUAGCUGAAAAAUAAAAUAAAAAUUGGCCGAAAAGUUUACAAUUUUGUUUAUUAAGAAGAUAAAUUGCGAUUUGCUCGGGUUUUACCAAAGCAAAACGGGAGAGAGGAGAGACGUUAGAAACGACGAGUUUAUGUUCAUCAAAUAGUAAGCGAUACCAAGACAGACUCAGAGAGCACUCAUUUUGCACACAGGGUGGAAAGAGAGAUCACUCCACUUACACACCGACACUCUCACUCCACAUUGCUCAUCGAAAUUGCUGGAAUCGAAGAAGCCUAAUCUUCAGCAGAAAUUCAUCUAUUUCUUUCUUAUCAAUAAUUUUUCAAUUAAUUCAAAAGAUCUCAUCCUUCUUUAAUCGAUUGUUUGAUUGAUCAGAGUAAGAGAGAGAAAUUGGGAUUUCAAUUUGAAUUAGUAUUGGAAAAUGGCGAAUUGGCCUCCUGCAAUUCUGCUCUUCGCACUGUUGAUUCCGCUUCUUUUCAAUGCCGUUUCCUGUAAAACCCUUAAACGUGAUGUGAAAGCAUUGAAUGAAAUAAAGUCAUCGCUUGGAUGGAGGGUCGUUUAUUCAUGGGUUGGUGAUGAUCCAUGUGGAGAUGGUGAUUUGCCUCCUUGGUCUGGUGUAACAUGUUCUGUUCAAGGGGAUUAUAGAGUUGUUACAGGACUGGAAGUUUAUGCAGUGUCAAUUGUUGGUCCAUUUCCCAUUGCUGUCACUAACCUGUUGGAUCUUCAGAGGCUGGACCUCCACAACAAUAAGUUGACUGGGCCAAUUCCUCCUCAGAUUGGACGAUUGAAGCGCCUGAAAGUUCUGAAUCUGCGAUGGAAUAAGCUGCAGGAUGUCCUACCUCCUGAAAUAGGUGAACUGAAAAGUUUGACACAUUUGUAUUUGAGCUUUAAUAGCUUCAACGGGGAAAUUCCUAGAGAGCUGGCAAAUCUUCCUGCACUGCGGUAUUUAUAUUUACAUGAAAACCGUUUUGUUGGGCGAAUUCCUGCAGAAUUGGGCAAUCUGCAGAAUCUUCGGCAUUUGGAUGUUGGUAACAAUCAUCUAGUUGGUACAAUUAGGGAACUCAUACGCAUUGAAGGAUGCUUUCCUGCCCUUCGUAAUCUCUACCUGAAUAAUAACUAUUUGACUGGAGGAAUUCCGGCUCAGCUAGCAAAUUUAACGAACUUGGAGAUCUUGCACCUGUCAUACAACAAAAUGACUGGAAUAAUUCCAUCCGCCCUUGCUCGUCUUCCUAGAUUGACAUAUCUGUACCUGGAUCACAAUCAAUUUAGUGGGAGAAUUCCUGACGCAUUCUAUAAGCAUUCAUUCUUGAAAGAAAUGUAUAUUGAAAGCAAUGCAUUCAGACAAGGUGUAAACCCAAUAGGUGUUCACAAAGUACUUGAAGUCUCUGACACAGAGUUCUUGGUCUGAUUCAGAAACGCCGCUAUUCUUUAUCUGUCUUCACAUCCCACUCCAUCCACCCCUCUCCAAACAAAAAAGUAAAAGAAAAAAGAAAGCUUUUACGGCGAGAGGUGAACUCAUUCGAGCUUGAAAUUAAAUUUUGGUUGAGGCUCCUAAGUGUAGAUGAAGUAAUUUGCACCCUUGUUGUAGGUACAGAAUGAAAAAUGUAUGAAUGUUGAUGGCAGCAAUUAGCCAUUUGUUAUUAUUAAAGAAAUUAUAGAUCCUCAUUAUAUUUAUUAUUA